AUGACGUGCGAGAUCGCAGCUGCAGUUGCCUUCAUCUCCAAGUUCCUCCGCACCAAUGGGCUCACAAGCGAAGAGCAGCUGCAAACCUUUAGCCAGACCCUGCAGGAGCUGUUGGCAGAACAUUAUAAACACCACUGGUUUCCAGACGUGCCAUACAAGGGAUCAGGUUACCGUUGUAUUCGCAUCAAUCAUAAAAUGGAUCCUUUAAUUGGACAGGCUGCCCAGAGCAUUGGACUGAGCAGUCAGGAGCUGUUUAGGCUUCUUCCAAGUGAACUCACACUCUGGGUUGACCCUUAUGAAGUGUCCUACAGAAUUGGAGAAGAUGGCUCCAUCUGUGUGCUGUAUGAGGCCGCACCCGCAGGAGAGGGCGCUCAGAACAGCUCUGACAUGCAAACGGGAGACAGCAGAAGCAGCUGUAAGGAGGAACUACUUCUGCGGAGAACCAGCCCUUCUAAACCGUGCAAUAUGAUGACUGUAUCUACAUAAGAUAUAGUCUAUGUAUUAUACAUACAUGAUCCCUAGGUAUAUUCUAUGGAUCAUCUUACAUUGAAUGUGAAUUUAAAGUUUUAUUUUGAGUGGGCUCCUUUGGAGCAUAGAUUAUGAAAUUUACACCUUAACUCAACUGUGAAGCUCUGGCUCAAGGCAGAACGUUAAAAAAUGUUUUUAUGUAACAGUGCCAUAAUUUGGACAGUACCUGUUAAUGAUUUAACAGCUUGUAAGUUCAAAUAAAUCAUGUAUCUAUUUGCUAGGAAGUAAAAUCCUAGGAUGGUUUCCGAUUUUCCUAAGACAUUAUAAUUAAAUUUUGACAUCAGUCACUUUAAGGAAAAUCGAUUUUUAAGAGCCCUACUUUGCAGUUGGUCCUGCAGAUGAAUUUGCACCAUAACACUUGAAGUUGUUAUAAAAAUCUUUCUAGGAGCUUACUUGGAAAGCUCAAGGUUUUAACCGUAGUGGGACUGGAAAUGUUACUAUAAAACUUUUGCCUAGCACUACAACAUGCGUAAAUGUAUAUAAAGACAAAGUAGUAUGACCUGGGGAAAAUGGUCAGACUUUCUAUUAUGGUUUUGACUUUAAAAGUAUCAACUGACCAAAAUGUGCCUUGACAACAAGGCUUUUAAAAUUACCGUUCAAAUAUUUAAAAUGACACUGUCAACUGUGGUAUUAGCACCAGCCAGCACUGUACAUUUGCUAGCUUAUAAUUUUCUAAGACUGAGUAAACAUGUUACCUUUAGAAACUGGAGAUCUGGUUUGUAACUAUUGUUGUACUUACUUGAGAAAAAGUGUUUUAUCCAGAAAACAGCAUUAU